AUGAGAACUGUAUUAGAACCAGAUUCAGACGAGCCUAAAAUAAUACUGGACGCUCAAGAGUUGAUGGCGAAAAAACUGAAGGGAAAAGUUAAAGGCAUUUUAUUCAAAUAUAAAAUCAUGAUUGGUAAGUUGAAAGUUACAUCACAGUAUUAUGCGGUAGCAAGGCGUGCAUGUGGAGUUGAGCAUUUGUGCACUAAACUCUGGUUGCGAGAAGUCGGUUACAUGCAUCCAGUUGAACAAAAAGAUGAAAAGUGGCGCAGUAAGCUGGCUCAAUCCCCAUCGGUUCAACGGGAACGUGCAAUAUCAGUGAAGUACGCUUGUAGAUCAUCGAUCGUAAAUUCUAGUGAGAUUCCGGAAUCGGGGUAG